UAUCAUUGCCUGUGAUGACAAUAUCCGAAAAAUAUUUUCAGAUUCGAAUAUUAAAGCUUAAAGCUGCUAUACGAAAUGACCGAUCAAAAUCUAGCUUCUGUGCAAUUGAAAUGAACAUUUUUUAUUUUGCUUGAGAAAGUAAAUUGGGGAUUCUUUUCUUGCCAUACCUUUAGUAUUGAAAAUGCAAUCAUUGCAGACUGAAAAAUGUUUUAAUGACACUACAAAACACACGCAAGAGAAAAUAUGCAAUAUACUACACCAAAACUCAUGCUAAUUUUCAUGCAACGAAGUGUAGCAAAAUAAUUGCAACCCUCUGCCAGUUGUCAUAUUAGACAUACAUACAUACAAUGUAUAUCCAUUUCGCUAUUAUUUUAUUGAGAAAGGCAUAAAUGAGUGAAGAAGGUGAACCCGCCGCAAAAAAGAAAAGGCAGCAGCCACACAAAAAAUGGAAGGAGCGCGAGGUGCUCCUGAUAAUUGACUACCUAAAGGAGGAACCAGAGUUUGAGGCUCCAACUGCACGAUUUUACUAUAAGCGGUUUUUGGAAAAGUCGCAGUUAGAUGCCUCUUGGGAACUCGUGCGGUGGAAGGUGCGGCAUUUGAAGGCGCAGUAUAGCAAAGUAAAUGACUGGCUGGCUUCAAAUGGUGCAGGUCUUAUGGACAAAACUUAUGGAAGAACUAUUGCAGCAAAAAUAGGUAAAAUGUGCCCAUAUUUCAAACAGCUCAGGGAAAUUUUAGGCAAACGCGUAUCUACUAUUGAGUUGUUAAUAAUCACGCCCGAAGUUGUUGACUCGCCUUACUCUCAGCUGUGUCCAGCAAGCCCUGCACCUAUUAAAGUAGAAGCUGAAGCUGAAAAAGUAGAAGCUACAUGUGUUUCGCUAAUAAAUUUUGCAACUUCUUCUGUGCCAGAUUCCACCCCAUCAUCCGCAUUUCAGAGAACAAUUUCGCGAGUGCCAAAAGCCUCCAUAGGGCAGAUGGCAGCUGUGCAAAAGCAAAGAAUCGCAAUUGAGGAAAAAAUGCUGCAAUUUGAGAGGGAAAAAUUUGAACACUUAAGAUAGUACAAGAAAAAAAAUUAGACCUAGAAAAAAAAAAUUAGAAAUGGAAUAUAUGUAAGUGGAAGACAUUAGAAUUAGAAAUGAGGAAAAGAGUAGCUAAAUACGAAAUUGACAAAAAAUAUGAAAAUAAAUAUUAAUUAAAUAUA